AAGAAAAAUAUUUUUUUAUUUGAACUACUUUUGUAGCAUAAAAAUUAAUAUCGCGAUCGCUUUGAUAAUAUCAAUAUAUAAGCAGCCAUAUACAUAGAAAAGAGAGAUAGAGCCGCGAAGUAGCAACACUUCCGGUUCACGCUACGACUUCCUCUUUAAGCUACGCUGUUGAUCCAUCAUGUCUAAGCGAGGACGAGGAGGUUCUUCAGGCGGAAAAUUCCGCAUUGCCCUCGGUCUGCCCGUGGGAGCAGUCAUCAACUGUGCUGACAACACAGGUGCUAAAAACCUGUAUGUCAUUGCUGUGAAUGGCAUCAAAGGCCGACUGAAUCGUCUGCCUGCUGCUGGUGCUGGUGACAUGUUUGUUGCUACAGUAAAGAAAGGCAAACCAGAACUGAGGAAAAAAGUUAUGCCAGCAGUGGUCAUACGGCAGAGAAAAGCAAUACGGAGAAAAGAUGGACUAGUGCUUAUCUUUGAAGAUAAUGCUGGUGUUAUUGUGAACCCCAAGGGUGAAAUGAAAGGGUCAGCUAUUACAGGACCAGUAGCAAAAGAAUGUGCCGACUUGUGGCCACGUAUCGCAUCAAAUGCAUCCAGCAUUGCAUAGGACAAUAAAUGUUGAAACAGCUU